AUGUCCAGAUAGGCACCAUAGUCUGCAUAAAAGAAUGAUAAAAAGGCACCUCCUCCUCCCCCUCCUUAGAAGGGCCCCAAACCUUUUAAUGCUGAAGAUUACGCUAAACCACCACAUCUUACAAAAGAAGAAGUCUUAGAAGUCAAGUAAGCCUUUGACAUUUUUGAUAAUGAUGGAUCUGGAUCUAUCGACCCAUAAGAAUUGAGAGAGGCUUUUGAAGCAUCAGGAAUUAAAACUUACCACAAUAAAUUUAUUUAUUAAGUAUUGGGUGAAUUAGAUACUGACAAUAGUGGAGGAAUUGACUUUGAAGAGUUUUUACAUCUUGCAACAGCCAAAGUUAGUGAUAAAGAUACUAGAGAGUAAAUCUAAAAAGUCUUUAAUCUUUAUGAUUGGAAUAAGGAGGGCCGCGUUACAUGGGAUGAAUUAAAAAGAGUGGCAUAAGAUUUGGGAGAGGAAAUGACUGAUGAAGAAAUUUAACACAUGUUUAAGAAAGCUGAUUUGGAUGAUGAUGGCUUUGUCACCUUUGAUGAUUUCUACAAUCUAAUGACUCAGAAGGAAUAUGGAAAGUAAUGA